AUGGCGACUUCUCCAGCCGGGCGCAUGCUGUCUCGCCAGCUGCAGCAAAUGCAGUCCGAUAAGGACAUUCCUGGCAUUAGUUGCGGUCUAGUCGAUAACAACGUCUUUGAAUGGGAGGUGAUGCUCAUGAUAUCGGAUGAUGUGAAGCUCUAUGGAGGCGGUUUCUUCCGAGCACGUCUUUCUUUCCCGACUGAAUAUCCCCACCGGCCACCAAAGAUGAAGUUCGAGUCUCCGAUUUUCCACCCUAACAUUUACGAGAAUGGUGAUGUUUGCAUUUCCAUCCUGCACCCACCCGAGGAGGACAAAUAUGGCUAUGAGUCGGCUGCGGAGCGCUGGUCUCCCGUGCAAACCCCCGAGACAAUCCUCCUGUCCGUCAUUUCUAUGCUCUCCACCCCGAACGACGAGAGCCCUGCGAAUGUGGAAGCUGCCCGCUUAUGGCGGGAGGAUCCCGCCGAAUUCAAAAAGCGGGUGCGCCGCUGUGUCCGUAUCAGCUUGGAGGACUAA